UGGAGUUCUGUUCCGUCAAAUAAUGGUUUAGUGUUAAGAGUAGCUGCUGUUAUUUAUCUUGUCAGCAAUUAUUAAUCAUGAUUUAACGGCAACAUCCAUUGAAGUUAGAACAAGACAUUCGUCCCGAAUGUAGCUUAAAGUUUAUUUUUUCUCUAUUCUGGCUCAACACUGCCAAUUUGAAGCAGUAGCCUAUCAACGUCAAUUCGCUAUGGGACGGAAAUCUCUGCUCAAAUCACAAGUGCCAGUCCCACCACUCUCUUUGCGACUCUUGGUACCUCCUAUUCGGUUGAUGGCUGCUCAGAUGUGGCAAAUUGUUCAGCGAUGCCGAGUCAUUCAUUACGGAAAACUGGACGAGUUUGUAACACUUGUUGCCGAUAUAUUUCCCGACAUACUCAGUCAUAAGGAAAUAAUCCUGCUCAGGCUGGGGUUGCGAGGAAGGCUGCUACUUAAACUGUGUCAGGAAGACCGGGAAUCUGCUCAGGAGACCAUGCGGCCACACAUUGACAGAAUACGCCAAUUUGCUGAAGACCUGCAACAUGGAGAGGACAGCGGCAAAGACACAAGUAUGGAGUGUGUGGUUGGGAACUUCUUGGACCUUGUCCAGAACUUGUUGAAGGACACUAACAAUUGGAAAAAAUUCUUCCAGGAGGUGUUCCCGUCUGUAUAUGGUAAAAAGUUUGACUCGGCGCUACAGUCACUCAUGGGCGAGUUCCUUUCAAGACUUGAGCAAAUGCUGCCGGUACCAGACUUCAAAGAGGCUGCGUCAUUACUCAGUGAUAGUUCUUCAGACUUGGAGCUAUGUUUCCAGACACUAACUGACCCAGAGCAACUUAAAACUGUGCUUCUCCAUAAGCCAACUACCGCCAAGUUCGACAGAGAGACACCGUUUGGAGACACCAUUUUGUCUGCCAUAUCCUAUCAGCCCCUCAUCCCUGACAUUAUGCCUGCAGCUGGAGAUCAACAGCCCCUCGCCCCUUACAUUAUGCCUGCAGCUGGAGAUCAACAGCCCCCCAUCCCUGAUAUUAUGCCUGCAGCUGGAGAUCAACAGCCCCUCGUCCCUGAUAUUAUGCCUGCAGCUGGAGAUCAACAGCCCCUCGCCCCUUACAUUACGCCUGCAGCUGGAGAUCAACAGCCCCUCGCCCCUUACAUUACGCCUGCAGCUGGAGAUCAACAGCCCCUCGCCCCUUACAUUAUGCCUGCAGCUGGAGAUCAACAGCCCCUCGUCCCUUACAUUAUGCCUGCAGCUGGAGAUCAACAGCCCAUCGUCCCUGAUAUUGAGUCUGGGACAAGCCCUGUUAAUGAGGAAAAAAGCUCCCCAUGUUUAGAGGAAGAUGAAGGUGUAGAUGAGUUUGCUGAGGAGUUUGAGGAAGAUGUGGCUGAAGUGGAAUCAGAAAAUUCUCAAAAAGAAAAUCGGAAUAAAUGCAAAAGAACCUCAGCAAAACCAUCCAAGGGUCGCAAGGCUACCAAGAAACUAUGUGAGGAGGAUGUGGCAGAAGAGGAAUCAGAAAAUUCUCAAAAAGAAAACGGGAAUAAAUGCAAAAGAACCUCAGCAAAACCAUCCAAGGGUCGCAAGGCUACCAAGAAACUAUGUGAGGAGGAUGUGGCAGAAGAGGAAUCAGAAAAUUCUCAAAAAGAAAACAGGAAUAAAUGCAAAAGAACCUCAUCAAAACCAUCCAAGGGUCGCAAGGCUACCAAGAAACUAUGUGAGGAGGAUGUGGCAGAAGAGGAAUCAGAAAAUUCCCAAAAAGAAAACGGGGAUCAAUGCAAAACAAUUUCUACAAAACCGUUGAAGGGUCUCAAGGCUGCGAAGAAACCACAUAAGGAGGGUGUAGCGGAAGAGGCAUCAGAAAGUUCUCAAAAAGAAAAUGGGAAUAAAUGCAAAAGAACCUCACCAAAACCAUCUAAGGGUCAGAAUGCUGCAAAUAAAUCACAUUAUAAGUGUCCUUCAUGUGACAAGACCUGUAGGUCGGCAAAAGGCCUGAAAAUACAUGCGAGACUUCAUUCACAUGAUUUUGCAUUGAGUUGCACAAGCUGUAAAAGGAAAUUUAGCACGGACACCGCUUUGAGCAAGCACAUGGAAAUCCAUGCCAAGUCUUCUGUCUCUGACAAAAGCAGCAAAAAAACUAAAGUAAAAGGACCUUUUCCUUGUAGUUUGUGUGGUAAAUCUCAUGCCAAACCCAAUCCCCUCCCUUGCGAUCAAUGCGGGAAAAGGUAUUGUACCUACUUGGGUCUCUACAGACACCGCAAACUCCACACAGGUGAGCGACCAUACAUAUGUGCCUUGUGUGAAAAGGGCUUUUCAGGUUCAGACAUACUGAAAGCACACAUGCGAACACACACUAGGGAGCGUGCUUAUAUCUGUCCUGUGUGUGGCAAGGGGUUUACACAGUCGUGCGCUCUGACAAGACAUCUAAGAAUACACACAGGCGAGAAACCCUUUGCCUGUAGGGUGUGUUCAAAAGCGUUCCGGAGCAAACCGGAGGUCGAGCUGCACACUCGCACGCACACCGGAGAAAGGCCGUACCAAUGCUCGCAGUGUGGGAAGCGUUUUGUGCAUACGACACACCUGAGAAACCACAUGCGGACGCAUACAGGGGCUCGUCCUCACGCGUGUGUCCACUGCAACAAGGGAUUUGGGUCUCCCGACCAGCUGAGAAAGCACGUGCUUGUGCACACAGGAGAGAAGCCGCACAUAUGUCCAGAAUGCGGGAAAGGAUUCUCACAGCAAGGCAACAUGAAGAUCCAUCUACGAACUCACACAACCUGUAAGAUUUAACUGUUAGAUUUUUUUUUUAAUGUUUUGUAUAUUCAACGGAAUAAAAGUCUUG